AUGUUGGAAGCUGUUGAUUCAGGGGAUACAAAAGUGGGAGUUGUGGUCUCGGAGAUACAUUGUCCUCGGUUACAUUCAUUUCAUGUCCGUGCUCACAGGUUGGUGCUAGCCGCUCGGUCUCCUGUCUUCGAAAGCCAGUUCGACGGAGUUGAAGAAGAUCGUGAUAUCGAAGUUACUCACAUGGAGCCUAAAGUUUUCAAGGCUUUGCUACAUUACAUAUACAAAGAUGCUCUCCUCGAAGAUGCAGAGUCGUCAUCGUUUUCACUUUUGAGAUUACCAUCCCCAUUCUAUUAA